AUGGAAGAUAAAACAGACUUUUUUACCCCUCUCACAGAGGAGGAAAAGCGUCCCAUGCAUAAGUCAACAUUUACUGCAUACGUUAAACCUACUUUUUUUAAAGAAAAGUCGAUGGGUGAUUUAGGGGAUGAUGAUGUAGAAAACUCUUCACCUGAAAAAAAAAAUGUUUUGAAAGCUGAAGAAAUUCGUAAAUAAGAAAUUUUAAGAAAAAGGCAAACUGAUGGCUACUUUCAAGGAUAAAAGGUGAAAAAAGAAAAGAAAAAGAAGCAUAUUUUCGCUCGUAAAGCUACUUAUUUACCUAAAGCUGAUAAACUACGUAUCUCAACAAUGGUGGUAGAAGAGUACAGAUAAUAUCCUACCAAUUACAGAGAUUUAGGAUAUGGUUGCAUUAUUAACUUUAUCUGCUAUAUUUGCAACUUGUAUAUGUAGGGAUUUAGUAGAUUGAUGAAAUACUGUGGAGAUAUUUGUGGUAAAUUAGAAGAUAAAUACACUUCUGCGAAUGUAGGUUAUGGAAUGAUGAUUCUAUCAAACACUUUAUAUUUGGUUCCUACAUUAUUCAUUAAAUGUAACCCCCACAUUGAUUUCUCCUUGGCUGUUAUGUCAAGAGGUAUAUUAUCGAUAAUCUUUAUUUCUUAAAUGGCACAUGUAAAGAGACAAGAGUUAACUGACUUCCCCAACUCAGAUAUCAAAUUAUUAGUUUAUAGAGCAUUUUUGACUGCUAUUUCUUAGCUCUACUUCUUUUUUGCUUUAGGCAAGUUACCACUUUCUAUAAAUAUGGUUAUUUCAAAUACAGGACCUAUAUUUGUAUUUAUCAUGUCAGUCUUUUUCUUUAAUGGCUAAAUGCAAACCAAGGAUGUUAUUGGUAUUAUGAUUGCAAUUUGCGGUGUAUUUUGUGUUGUAAACCCCAAACUUGUAGAAAGCCUAUUAGGUUUUGGCAAAUAAACUUAAGUAGAAGAUCCUUCAUAAGAAGCAAAAAAGGAAUUCCAUUACGCUGAAGGAGCAGAAAGACUUCUUUACAUUUGUGUUUUCCUUGUUAUUUAUGUAGGUUGGGCAUAUGGUAUAUUAAUAGUUAAGUAAUUGAAAAAAGCUAACACAUUUGCUAUGAACUUCUUUGUAUCUAUUGCUUUCUUUUUGGUAGGCGCUUUUACAAUUUUAUUCAGACCUUCUACGAUAUUUAAUUUAAGCUUCUGGGAUGUAAUGGCGUUAAUUUUUCUCGUUGGUCUGUUUUCCUUUGGAUCUUAAUAUACAUUUAUCACUUCUACAUUUUUGAAUCAUAAUCAUGGUCCCUUAACAAUGCUAGGUUAUUUAUCUGUAGUUAAAUCAUAUAUUAUUUAAGUUAUCUUUUUCAAUGAAGUUCCUUCAAUUACUGAAAUAGCAGGUUCUGUAUUAGUGCUCUUAGGUGUAGCUAAAAUUGUCAUUAAUUGA